AUGCUGCGAACGCCGGCAAAAGGCCUUCGCUCGAAGACCCUCGCCCUCUCCACUAAGAGCACACCCCUCGAAGAGGAUGUUCCCCAGGCAGGCGAGGUCAAGCUCUACUCGUUCAACUCACCAGCGCUAUACACUGGCUCAGCAAAUACCCAGCGACAGGCCACUCGGAAUGUCUACAACACGCUCCCACAUGUCGCCUUCAAGGACCCGCACAUGCCAUGGGAAAGAAAGAUCGAGAUCGGUACAGAGAAGCCUGGCGACUUCGCCGGGCUCCCCUGGACGCCGAACCUGGCCAUCUCGCUGACCGUGGCCGAGCUCAACACGGCGGAUGGAGUUGCUAAUCCACUGGGAAGUCUUGAAGGAAUAGACCCCGCGGACAGACUAAACGCCAUCCUUGUCCCGCGCGACCUCUUCAAGGGCAUCUUCUGCGACUACGCAGAGGAUGCCAAAGGGACGGUUUCGGCGUCGUCGUGGGCCACCGCAUCGCACCGUACCAAGAUCACGCAGCCGACGGCUGUCGUCUCGCAUCUCGUGUCGCUCGAGGGCCUGAGCUCCACGGCCAUCGCUGUUACGGCUCAGCACGUCGCCUUGGUGUUGUUGUACUCGUGGACCUGGAUGGCGCUACCGGGAGGUCAAGGCAUCGCUUGGGCGAUGCGCGAGCUCGCGCACAACAUCUUGCUGCUGAGGCCGAUCCAGUUGGUGAAGCAGCCGCCGAUGGAGCCGCUGGACCUGGCGGAGAAGUGGCUGCGCCAGAGGGCCGAAGACGGCUACGUACUCUGCCGCCAUGUGCUGCCGACGGGGGAGGAGACGACGGGGCUCCUCAGGGGGUUUCUCUCUCCCACUGGCCCACAGCUACUACGAACAAAGUCCCGCUUUUCGCUCUUCGGAACCGACCUGCAGGCCAUGGACCAGUUCACAGGAUUCAUGAACGUCUCACUAAACUCGGCCUGGGAGCUUGGUGGGAGUAUCGCGCGUGCCGACCGGGUCGUCUCGGCGAAUUUUCUCCGCCUGCGCGGCCACAUCCAUCUCGAAGCCAUAAAAGCCGCGCAGGCCGCCAUGCUGACGAACGUGCACGUUACAAGGCACAAGCUAGCCGCGAACUUCUCCGCCAUCCUCCAGACGGCGAGUACGCGCGGGGACGAGAUGCGCAACCGGUACAAAGCCGCACUCGCGGACAGCGCCAAAAAGGCGGCAGCGUCCACAGACGGGCCCAGCAUCUUCACCGACGGGGCGUCGGCGGCCUACCCUGCCUGGCAGCACGUGUUGACUUGGAUUGUCGACAAGCUGAAUCUCGUGGGCAUCCCGUCGCAUUACCUGAUUUCAGAUCAGAAUGUGUUGCCCUCCGAGGCGUUCCGCACCUUUUACGUCGACCAGGACGCCGUCGAGGCGCUGACUGACGGCGCGCUGAGCCUCGGAAACCACUCCGAGGCGGAUGACGACGGCAUCCGCCGCGAGAUCAGGGCCAAAGUCAACGCGUAUCUGGGAAAUCUGAUGUCGCCGGCACCGGGCUCAACCGAGAGGUGCUACCCUCGCGUGCCGACCUGGGGUUUCGUGAUACGCAACCAUUUGGUGCAGGCCUACCCGGACCCUAGGGUUGAGAUCCCCUUCGUCGAGGGAACAGACAUGGGGCGCACUCAGGUCUUGUCCAUGGAGCAGCCCGCGUCGGACAUCCUCGUCUAUCUCUUGGACCGGCGGCCUAACGAAGGGCAGGUGCUCAGCGUGACAGUGUCGCAACCGGCGCAGCAGCCAAGCUGA